GCGCCUCGGUGGCUUCUCCGAGUAGCCGCUGCCUCCCGCGCCCAGGGGCCCGGGUCCCCCCUCUAGGACCCCGAAGCCUGGGUGCCGCCCUCAGCUUCCCAGAUUCAGGGUCCCUCAGCCCUCGGUUUCCAGGACAGAAGCGCGCGGGGUCUUCGCCUCCUGGAACCGGGCGACCCGGAUCUGCGGCACCGGCACCAGGCUAUCUGCAGACGGCCGCCCCCUCGGGGCACCCUCAGCCCCCCGGCAGCCAGCCGAGUUCUCCACGCGCCAGGCUGAGGAACUCCCGAGUUCCCGACUCUCGGGGUCAAGACACUCAGGCGCUCCCAGCUCCCAGCUUCCGGGCGUCCGGCACGGCUGCGGAGAGCCGAGGAGCCCCGGCGCCCCACCUCGGGCCCUCGGACCCUCCCGCUUCCAGGAGCCAAGGGCGUUGCAAAGUUCCAGCCUCCGGGCGCUGCUGCUCCACUCGCGGAGGAGAAGGGACGUCCGGGGAAGGAGCCGCCGGCGCUCUCGGCUUCCGCGCCCUCGGGAGCCCCCGUGCGCCCCCAUCAUGGUGGCCGAUCCCCCGAAGGGAGACCCCAAAGGGCUCGCGGCGGCCGAGCCCACCGCCAACGGGGCCCCGGCGCAGGACCCCUUAGAGGACUCGGGCGCGGCGGCGGGCCGCUGCUGUAGCUCCCGGGACCAGAUGCGCCGCUGUCUUCGCGCCAACCUGUUGGUGCUGCUCACGGUAGCGGCCGUGGUGGCCGGCGUGGCGCUGGGGCUGGCGGUGUCCGGGGCCGGCGGCGCGCUGGCGCUGGGCCCCGCGCGCCUGAUAGCCUUCGCCUUCCCGGGCGAGCUGCUACUGCGCCUGCUGAAGAUGAUCAUCCUGCCGCUGGUGGUGUGCAGCCUGGUGGGCGGCGCCGCCAGCCUGGACCCCAGCGCGCUCGGCCGCCUGGGCGCCUGGGCGCUGCUCUUUUUCCUGGUCACCACGUUGCUCGCCUCGGCGCUCGGCGUGGGCUUGGCUUUGGCGCUGCAGCCCGGCGCCGCCUUCGCCGCCAUCAACGCCUCGCUCUCGGCCACGGGCGCUGUGGAACAAACUCCCAGCAAGCAGGUGCUGGAUUCGUUUCUGGAUCUUCUAAGAAAUAUCUUUCCCUCCAACCUGGUGUCUGCAGCCUUCAGUUCUUACUCCACCUUCUAUGAGGACAGGAAUUUCAAUGGGACCCUGGUGAAGGUGCCCAUUGGACACGAGGUGGAAGGCAUGAACAUUCUGGGGCUGGUAGUGUUCGCCAUCGUCUUCGGCGUGGCCCUGCGGAAGCUGGGCCCCGAGGGCGAGCCCCUCAUCCGCUUCUUCAACUCCUUCAACGACGCCACCAUGGUGCUGGUCUCCUGGAUCAUGUGGUACGCCCCCGUGGGCAUCUUGUUCCUGGUGGCCAGCAAGAUCGUGGAGAUGGACGACGUGGGCAUGCUGUUCGCCAGCCUGGGCAAAUACAUCCUGUGCUGCCUGCUGGGCCACGCCAUCCACGGGCUCCUGGUACUGCCGCUCAUCUACUUCCUCUUCACCCGCAAGAACCCCUACCGCUUCCUCUGGGGCAUCCUCACGCCGCUGGCCACGGCCUUUGGGACCUCUUCCAGCUCGGCCACGCUGCCGCUGAUGAUGAAGUGCGUGGAGGAGAGGAACGGCGUGGCCAAGCACAUCAGCCGCUUCGUGCUGCCCAUCGGGGCCACGGUCAACAUGGACGGCGCGGCGCUGUUCCAGUGCGUGGCCGCCGUGUUCAUUGCGCAGCUCAACCGGCAAUCUCUGGACUUCGUGAAGAUCAUCACCAUCCUGGUCACGGCCACGGCGUCCAGCGUGGGGGCGGCCGGCAUCCCGGCGGGAGGCGUCCUCACUCUGGCGAUCAUCCUCGAAGCGGUCAGUCUCCCCGUCAGCGAGAUCUCCUUGAUCCUGGCCGUGGACUGGCUGGUGGACCGGUCCUGCACCAUCAUCAACGUGGAAGGUGACGCCUUCGGGGCGGGGCUCCUGCAGCACUACGUGGACCGCACGGAGCAGCAGAGCUCGGGGCCCGAGCUGACCCAGGUGAAGAGUGAGGUGCCCCUGGGCUCGCUGCCCGCCUCCAACGAGGAGGGGAACCCCCUCCUAAGACACAGCCCGGGGGCCGCCGGGGACGCUGGCGCCUGCGAGAAGGAGUCGGUCAUGUGAAGCCCCCUGCGCCGCUGGGCACUGGACGCCGGGGCCACAGAGGUGGGUAAACGGACACACCGGGCUCCCGGGGACAGGAGACGUGGAGGUCUCACUGCCGGCGUGCGUGCGUGUCCCCGUGGUCCCCAGUCCCGGCCCACACCCCAGGACCACGUGCAGUUCUGGGGAAGGGUGUUUCUGGAGGCUGCUGGCCUGGGGCUGGCCGCAGCUGUGUGUGUGUGUGUGUGUGUGUGUCUGACCCUCCUCCCCACGGUACGUCCCAGCCCGGCCCUGGCACACACACACCCAGGAGCCCCGGCGGCCGGCCAAGGAUGCUGCUGCUGUAGCCUCCACGAUUCAGCAAUAAAACCGAGUGUCGCGUGUAGCUCCAUCAGAUGUUUUUGAGGACUUGACUGACAGCAAACACAGCCCAACACCUGUCAUUCACGGAACGCCCUUGGGAACCGGGAGACGCCACCGCGGAAUGGCCAAAAGCCAAAACAAGGCCUUGAGCACGGACAUGGUAGAGCCAGUGGAUUCUUGGACAUCGCAGGAAUACGGCACGGUCCUGUCCCUAGGAAAGCAGCUGGGCAGUUUCUCUUCCUUUCCAGAUUUUACUUUUGUUGAUUUGAAAGGCUCAGGGAGAGAGAGAGAGAGAGAGAGAGAGAGCUUCCAUCCGCUGGUUCACUCCCCAGUUGGGGCUGGAUCAAGCUGAAGCCAGGUGUUAGGAGUUUCAUCCGGGUCUCCCACGCGGGUGCAGGGGCCCAAGCACUUGGGCCAUCAUCCACUGCUUUCCCAGGUGCAUUACCAGGAAGCUGGAUUGGAAGUAGAGCAGCUGGGACUCGAACUCGCGCUCCAGGGGAUGUCGGAGUUGCAGGCAGCAACUCAACCUGCUACACCACAAUGACGGCCCCUUGCUCUCUGUUUUUGAAGCCCCAGAUUGGCUGUGGGAUUCAGCAACCCGCUGUGCGACCACUGUGAGGUCCUCUGGAGACCCAGGGGGUGGAGCCUGUCUGCAGCCCCUUCUCGCCUGUCUUGUGCGAUGUCAUUGUCCCCUCCCCUGGGGUGACUUCUGCCUGAGGCCUGGAGGUGCCACAGACCCCAGCCCAGUUAGGGACAGACCCCAGCCCAGUUAGGGACGGGAGCUCGCACACAUUCGGUGUCUCCUGGUUUGGUUAGACACACACACACACACACACACACACCCCGUGGUCGCUGCAGGAUGGAAGGCGAGCCUGGCGCAUAAUGUGCUUCUGUGUUGCCCAAACAGAGCCGCUAAUGAGUCUGCUAAAUAUUGAAUAAUUGCAUCGUUGUGCUUCUAAAAACUUGUUAUUGCUGCAUAAUAACCCUGGGGCUGCUCUGUGGGUAUUUUAAUUCUCAGGGAAAUUGGAUGAGGCAGGCAAGUGCUUUACUUUCCCGACUUCAAAUGGCGGUCUCUCCAGGGGAGGGUUCUGGUGCGCAGCUGGGUCGCUGCUCAGGCACCCACAUGCCACCUCGGAGCGCCUCGCUCUGCUCCUGAGCCCAGCUGCCUGGGAAGCUCACGUGCUGGGUCCCUGCCCGGGAGACCCAGUGUGGGGUCCCAGCUAGAGUUCUGGGCUCCUGGCUUGCAGGCAUUUGGGGAGUGAACCAGUGCAUGGAAGGUCUCUCUCCCUGUGGCUCCCCGUCUUUCUGCCUUUUAAAUAAACUAAACAGCCCGGCGCUGUGGCGUGGUUGGCUAAGCCUCUGCCUGCAGUGCUGGCAUCCCAUAUGGGUGCUGGUUUGAGUCCAGGCUGCUCCUCUUCUGAUCCAGUCUCCUGCUGCUGGCCUGGGAAAGCUGUGGAAGAUGGUAUCAAGUGCUUGGGCUGUAUCCGCGUGGGAGACCCAGAGGAAGCUCCUGGCUCCUGGCUUCGGAUUGGCACAGCUCCAGCCAUUGUGGCCAUCUGGGGAGUGAACCAGGGGACGGAAGACCCUUCUUUCCCCCUCUCUCUGUAACUCUGCCUCUUAAAUAAAUAAAUCUUUUAAAAAUGAAAACAAAUAAGAAUUUUCUAAAAAACAGCAGCUUAUCAAAAACACAUGCUGUUUCACACUCCUUGGAGUGGGUUAGCUUUGGCAAAUGGAGGCCUCUGGCUGUAGAUGUGGACCUGUGCGUGUAAUUUGGUAUAAACAGCCCAUGCAAUGUGUGUGCACACGGAACUGACACACAUCCCACCCAGUAGUGCUGACUCCAUUUCUCCCAUUCCUUUUUAAAAUCGUGCUAAACACCCCCCCCCCCCGUUUGCUUACCGUGCUGGUCAAGGUCACACAGAGACCUGGAACCACCUCCAGCCUCCUGCACGUGAA